AUGGCGGACAAACGCCAAGAAGAAAAUAGAAUCGAAAACGACGAAAUAACAACAAAAAGACACCGAUCCGAUCCUUUACAAGGCCAGCAAACUGAUUACUCAGAUUAUUCAUAUCAGGUAUGCGAGGCAAGAGGGAAUUGGAUGUCGUUAUACGACACUACGAGUGGAUACUUUUAUUACCAAAAUACCAAAACUUUUCAAACUCAAUGGGAAAAACCAACAAACUGGGACAACUUACCGCCGGUUUUUAACCCUUGGAUUAAAAUGAAACAACCUCAGGUGAAUUAUCAGUUACCUCAGACCAUUACGGAAGGAAAAAAUGAGACUAGUAAGCCUAAGUUAACAGGUAAAGACAUUGAAGACAAGCUAGAGCUUUUGAUGAAAAGGCCAGCUAGAAGACAGGUGGACUUGGACGAGAAGAAGAAAGUACAUUGGAUACCAGAGGGAACUACUGAAUAUAAUAUAUGGUAUGAUAAAUGGGUUGGAGAACACUGGAGGCCUGAUGGAGGGCCUGCCGAGACCCGCUGUUGCAUUGACGAUGAUGCUGGUUAUACCAAAGCAAAUGUCUUGGACCCAAAGACAAACAAGCAUUAUUUUUGUUUAUACUUUGCUAAAGGAUGCUGUCAUUUGGGUAGUGAAUGUGGGUAUCUUCAUUCCCUACCUGUAGACAAGGAUGAGAGAAGAAUUGGUUUAGCACUCGAUUGCUUUGGUCGUGAUCGGCAUCUGAACCACAAGGAAAACCUAGGUGGAGCCGGAUCAUUUGAAAAGGAAUGUACUACGCUUUAUGUUGGUGGUCUGGGAAACCGUAAAUCAGUUGAAGAAGAUCUGUGGGAAGAGUUUGGUGAAUGGGGAGAAAUAGAGGAUAUUAGAGUCAUCACAAAACUUAAAAUUGCAUUUGUAAGAUACAAGAAUAGAGUCAAUGCCGAGUUUGCAAAGGUUGCUAUGGCAGAUCAAAAAUUAUCCAAUAAAGAUUUAUUGAAUGUGAGAUGGGCUAAUGAUGACCCAAACCCAAGGGCUUGUAUAAAGGAACAAGAGAGAGCCCAAAACAAAUUAUUAGAAGCUGCAUAUGACAGAGGAAUAAUUCAGGAAUUAGAGUCCCGGGAACAGCCUGUAAGAGGUGAAGGGAUAACAGCUCCGUACCCCAACACAGACCAUCAAUACUCUGAACAUGAAUACUGGACAUGGUACCAACAAACCAUGGGUACUACUGAUACCACAAGUCAUGAUUAUCCACAACAUACUACUGGUGUGACACAGAUAGAGUCUACUGGGUCAAUGACACAGCAACACAUUGAACAGACUCAAGCUUUCCAAGAUGCAUAUGAGGAUUGUUCUCGCCUGGAAAGAGUUUUUAGAACAAUGGAUUCAGCCAAAGAUACAGGCAAUCAUGGUCUGGUCUCAACAGCCAGUGGAGUGAAUAAUACUCAACCUGAAAAUAAAAUCAAUUGCAAUAGUGAGACAAAAGACAAUAUGAAUAAGCAAGUUGAUACUACUGGCAUUGGUGAUUUAUCAGCAUCACAGAAGUCCAAGAUGUGUGUUAAAGACCCAUACAGAUAGUAUCAAGUAAGGAGGCUCUUGAGUUACUAGCCUACAAAGCAACAUUACUGCGUGGACAUGCUAACUGGGAUGUCAACCACUUGAAGAAAGUUAACCAAUCACGACAGAGUGAAAACAAAGCAAUCAAACUUGAACCAAUCAGGAGCAUCAUACGACACAGCCUAGAUAUCCGAGGGAAAAUAUAGACAUUAUCAUCAACUGUGGGAAUGAGUGAUUGUGAUUGGCUACGGGCAAUGUGAUACUGAUUUUACUCUCCUGAUUGGCUUAAGUCUGUUGUAUCUUCAAUUUUGUUCAACUGUCCCAGUUAGUAUUUGGAUGGGGAUGCAGGGAUAUUGGGAGCCCUGUGGUGGUGUGCAGGAACGAGGUAGAAGGCUUGUUUACCCAAACAAAACCACCAUUAUCACAGGAAUCCUAAUCCUAAACGAUAAUAGAACAAUAAGAACAAUAAUAUUCAGAGGUACCUAAUAAAAAGUAGUUAAUUGACUUACCAUUAGCAUCAGACAUAAAAACAGUGUAAAAACCCCAUUUGGUCACUCGUAUUUAUUGCUUGAAACUCUCAUUGCCUGGAACACUCUGUCCUAAAAAUCCUGCUCAAUCCAAGCUUGAUGCUAGAACAAUGGAAGACUGGACUUCAGUUGACACUGCAGCUAUAAGUAGAUGAAAUGAAAAUAAAGCUGGUUUGCAUAAUAACAGUUUUCUCAUUUCAAGCAUUGUGUCAUUCUCUUGAGAUUACGAUUCAUUGUUUAAGUUGGCAGCCAAUUCAAUGACACUGUGAAUUUUCAAGUAUAGCUAGAAAACAAAGAAAUGAUACUCAAGGGAAUGAGGAGGGAAGAAGCAUUUACUCUAUCAGGGCAGCAGCAAGUGCAGUAAUUACUUGAAUGUUUAAAACGUUUAUGAUUUUGCCUUUGAGUGACUGUUCAGUUUGUAGUUUACAAGUACUUUUGCUUGUGUUUUUAUCGGUCCACAAGUUAAAAAUGCAAACACAAAUAAUAAAUCAAAUGAAAAAGUUUCCAUCCUUGCAUUUGAAUUGCUGUAGUUUACACAUAAAUUUGCACCUAAUUUGUUUGCAUUGCUCAUGUGAACCAGGCUCAAGUCACCAGAUCCAUCAGAAACAAUUUUUUCUUGAAUUACACAAUAAUAUAAAUUUUAACAAACCUGUUUAAGCAUCACUUCCUCCAUUAUGAUCUGAGUAUCACAAGACCAGUUAUUACAUAAUUAUGCAGUCUGUGUCGACUUGACCAACCAAUUUUAGUUGGUGGACUAUAAUAUUAUAUUCUUCCAGUUCCCUUUGACCAACCUAGAUACAAAAAGACAAAUAAAAUUAACGUUUAAUUUCUAA